UCAUUUCCUUCCCCGCCUCCAAGCAUCGUUUCAGGGAGUCUUCAGAGAAACUCCUCCUCCACAGGAGGAUCUAAUCUCUGUAACAAAACCAAACUCACAGCAAAGAAGCUCAUUCUGGACAGCAUCUUCAUCAUCUUCAUCAUCAUCAUCGUCUGAGUGCAGCUUCUCUCUCAGAAACUGAAGGUUUUCAGGUUGUUGCAGAGUGAUGGCAGGACGCAGGCAGAGAUGGAAGCCUCUGCAGCUGCUGGUCAUCUUCAGCCUCCUCAUCUUCACCAACCACAUCCAGGUGAGAGGAGACGUCCAGGAGAAGCUGAGCCGUGACGUCGGUGCUGAACAUCUCCUCCAAGGAGCGUCUGAAUCCAGCAGACUGAUCCCAGAUCAGCUGCUGCUGCACAAUGACAAGGAUCUUGAUGUCUUCUUGGUUGAUUUCAACAAAGAGACGAUGGAGGAUUGGUGGCAAAGUGUUUCAGAGAUCUCUGCCAGCGUCAGACAGAAAGUUCUGGUUCUGACAGGCAGCACCGACCCAUCAGAGGGGAAAAUGAGGCAGGAAAACAGCUUAGAUCCUCAGAAACGUGCAGCAGAUUUCUCUCUCCAUGGAAACACAACCCUGAAUUCUGGAGGUCACCUCCCCAAAGCUGCUUUGGUCCAUGGUCCAGAAGAACCGAACCAAGAGAAUCCUCCAGUUUAUAAGGUAACCAAUGAGUCUGACCCGGUUUGCAGCUCCAGAACCGCUGAGAGAGCAGAUGAGCCCAUCGUAGAGUUUGACCAGCAGCAGAUCCUGAUGUUAGAAGAUGAUGAGGUGGUGAGAAGAGCUGCAGUUUCUCUUUAUGACAAACAUCCAGCAGUUAGUUCAGUUCAGCUUGUUGGUCCCCAGCAGAGGCUUCAACAGGUCAAAGGUCAAGCCCUGGUUCUGUCAGAACACAGCAGCCUGGUUCUGGUGGGCCAUGGAGCCAGAGACCAUUCAGGAGAGAUGAGAGUAUCAGGCUACAGCUACCAAGAUGUGGCCAGGAUCAUCCAAAGCAUCUCCAGGACCAGUGAGAAGAUCCAGACUACUACAGUUCUGGCCUGUGACGCCGGAUCGGACCGCCGGUUCAGAGAAGCUCUGCUGAAGAAGCUCCAUGAAGCCGGCAUUGAGACGGAGUUACACCUGUGGACCGCUGUGGUCCAGGUCACAGAGACAGGAGAGGUCAUCAGUCAGGACGUCUCUGCAGGUGGAGCCCAGUGGAGAUCUGAAGAUCAGACCAAGAAGGUGGUUCUGACUGUUGGCAGGAAGGGAGAGAUACGGAGGAAGGAGUCGGACCGCACCGGACGCCAGGUUCUCACCAAUCACACCAGAUUCUUAGGUGAUGAAGAUGAUCCUAACGUCGACCCACAUCUCUAUAGGAAACAUUGGCCAAAAAAUGCAACAACCUUUAUUGAUCCAGAAGUUUAUAAGGAAUUUGAUCAAAACAAAGUUAAACAAGUAAAUAAAACUUUCAGGAUACUUGAAAGUCUAACUUGGGGACUGUUUUAUCCAGAACCAGCAGAACCACUAAGGAGGAUCAAUGACCCAAACCCAACAAAUUAUUUGAUAGGAAAAAGAUAUGGACCAAGGAACCUUGAAUGGAUAACUGACAAUAACCAAAAACAGCAAAUUCUACAGCGAUGUUAUGUGAUUGAAAAUGGAAGAUACGUCAGGAACAUCAUUCGUCACUAUGGCAAGGAUGGAGAAGAUAAUGAUUCAUUCCUUCUGAUCAACAAAUGGAUAUUCCUGGUUAAACCUGAUGAUCUGUAUGUUUACCCAGUUGGAAAAAUGCUUAAAGAUGGAGAAGACAGAGAAGGAGAAAAGUUCCUGACGGCGUCUUUUGUGAGGAAACGGUUCUCUGGUACCAUCUAUUCAGCCGGCCCAGAGGUUCUGAAAUGA